AUGCCGAGCAGAGAGACCUCAAAGUCAUUCGGCUAUACUCCAGCAGCAGUUGAGAUCGUCGCACUCUGCAACAACGCCAACCCCAGUUCACCAACGGAUCCAGAAGAAAUCGAAGAAUUAGAAUAUCGAAGAGAGAUGGACCAAUUUCUCGAAAAAGAGCUGAUCCGUCUCCGCGUUGCGAUGAAUAAGAUUCGGCGAGCCGAAAUGAUCGAAUGUGGGUUUCCAGCUCCACAACUCACUGGUGAAUCGGAUGAGGACUACCUCAAUAUCGACUUCAACAACAAUAAUGGGAAUUAA